AUGGCAGAACCAGCAACUAUAACCAGACCCCUGAUAUCCUCCAAGCGACACAAGAGCAUAAGGAAGAAUUCCAGAAGAAUUUAUUCCCCAUAUCAGGAUGAUAAUGUGCAAGCUAGAGAGAUUGUUCUGAAGUAUGAGGGCAGACUGACCAGGACGAGAGGUUACCAGGCAGCUGGGGCAGAUUUGCUGAAGAAGAUUUCAAGAGUCUUAUACAACAUUGUUGUCUUGUUCAUUCCCUGGGAGAUGAGGAUUAAAAAGAUUGAAAGUCACUUUGGAUCAGGUGUGGCCUCUUAUUUCAUAUUUCUGCGAUGGCUGUUUGGGAUCAAUAUAGUUCUCACUAUUAUGACUGGAGCCUUUAUCGUGCUGCCUGAGCUGCUGGCCGGCGCUCCGUUCGGUACCACCCGCAGCAAGACCAUCCCCAAGGACCACCUUGCCUCUGCACAAGACCUGGACACCAUCUGGUCGCUGGGGGGAUAUCUUCAAUACUCUGUGCUUUUUUACGGCUACUACGGCAAUGUGCGUAAAAUCGGCAGUGCCGGCUACAGACUGCCCUUGGCCUAUUUUAUGGUCGGGAUGGCCGUUUUUGCCUACAGCUUCAUCACUUUGCUAAGAAAAAUGGCUAAAAACUCCCGCAUGAGUUUAGCCGGCGCCUCUGAUGAGAAUUACACCUUCUGCUGGCGUGUCUUCUGUGCGUGGGACUACCUGAUUGGGAACCCAGAGGCGGCCGAGAGUAAAGGGGCGGCCAUUGUCAAUAGCAUCAGAGAGGCCAUUGUAGAGGAGCAAGAGAAGAAGAAAGACACAAGCCUAGCUGUACUGAUCAGUUUGCGGAUUCUGGCAAACAUUCUGGUCCUGCUGUCUCUGACUGGCAGCAUCUACAUCAUCUACUUUGUGGUGGAUCGUUCUCAGAAACUAGAGCAGGAGAAACCUGAGCUAACACUCUGGGAGAAGAAUGAGGUGAGUGUGGUGGUGUCCCUCAUCACAAUGAUUGCUCCUUCAGCCUUUGAGUUAGUGGCACAGUUGGAGAUGUACCACCCCAGAACGAGUCUCCGCUUCCAGCUUGCCAGAGUUCUGGUGUUGUACCUUGGAAACCUCUACAGUUUGAUUAUUGCCCUCCUGGAUAAAGUCAACAGUAUGAGCUCUGCUGUGAGUCUUCUGCUUGGAGAUACUGAUGGUCUGCGGAGGGGUAAAAUUUCAUCCUGCACAAGGAAGGUAAAUGCAGGCUGUUUAUUUUGUUUAUCUUAUUUACAGGAGAUGUUAAAGCUCUCCAUCAUUGAUAUGAUCUUCACGGUGGCAAGUAUCCUGCUCAUUGAUUUCAUCCGGGGACUGGUGGUUCGAUACUUGAGUGACUGCUGCUGUUGGGACUUGGAGAGCAAUUUUCCAGAAUAUGGUGAAUUUAAAAUAGCAGAAAAUGUUCUUCAUCUGAUAUACAACCAAGGAAUGAUAUGGAUGGGAGCGUUCUUUUCACCCUGUCUGCCCGCCUUUAAUGUCAUGAAGCUCGUCGGCUUGAUGUACCUGCGGAGCUGGGCUGUGCUGACCUGUAAUGUUCCCCAUCAGCAGGUCUUUAGGGCCUCCAGAUCUAAUAACUUCUAUCUGACGAUGCUUCUCUUCAUGCUUUUCCUGUGUAUGUUACCAACCAUUUUUGCCAUUGUGAGGUAUCGGCCGUCUCAGUACUGUGGACCCUUCAGUGGCCAGGAGAAGAUUUACGACAUCAUCUCCGAAACUAUUGCCAAUGACUUCCCACUGUGGUUCAGUAAAGUGAUGAGUUACGUCACCAGUCCUGUGGUGGUGCUGCCUGCUUUGCUUCUACUCUUCAUGCUGAUCUACUACCUCCAAUCCAUCGCUAGAUCACUCAAAGUCACCAACAGCCAGCUGAGACUGCAGCUGCAGACCGUGAGUUACUCGAAAUUGAAUAUCAUCAUGAUGUAUUUCAGUUCAUUUAACAGAUCUGUGAUUUACAAUAAGGAACCCGGGCGAAACAGGAUAAGGUCUUUGGAUUUCAUAUAA